AUGUUUCCUCUCAGGACACUGGGCAAAAAGCAUGAGGGCGGAUUGUCCUCGAGGCGAAACUCACAUAGAGAAAUCCAUACAUCUGUACACGAUGUUGGAUCAGAAGUCUCUAUUGCAUCUGUAGACCAACCACCUCCCAGCCGGCAGAGCAGCCAUCAUGAUCAUGAACUCCACCGGUCACGAACAUACCAUCCGUUUGCGCCUCAUGUCCUGAUUCUUCUCAUGCCUGCUUCGAUUUUCGGAGUUUUAGCGAGAUUGGGAUUGGUGGCGCUGACUACUUAUAAUGGCCAGAGUAUCUUUCCUUUGGCAUAUGUGCAAGGCUUAGGAUGCUUCGUAAUGGGCUUUGGAUUGGAGCUGAAGGAACCAUUGGGUAACUUCUAUCCUCCAUUGUAUACUGCGAUAACUACAGGCUUCUGCGGUUCCCUUACAACGUUCUCAAGCUGGCAACUAGAUGUUUUUAACUCUUGGUUGAACAGUGAAGAUGCUGAACAUGCUGGGCUCCGUACUUUCCUGGACGGUCUCGGGAAAACAGUCUUCACACUGGCGAUUUCCUUAUCAUCUGUCCUCUUUGGCUCGUAUAUGGCUCGAGUAAUCUAUCCUUUCCUACCGACACUUCAACCUCCUUCUCGAACUGUGCGGUAUAUAAUAUCCAUUCUAUCUGUAUUAAUAUACGCGGCUACUCUUCCGGCAUACUUUCUUCUUCCAACCUCAUAUCGACACCAAGCUACGGCUGCGCUCUUGUUUGCUUUUCCUGGGACUCUUAUUCGCUACAUACUCUCGACGUUACUUAACCCCCUUCUAACCACUUUUCCACUCGGAACAUUCGCCGCUAAUUCUACCGGGUCAGGCCUUCUCGCAGCCUUUCAUGUUAUCCAAUCUAUCGCUAGCAAGCCAAUAUCACCAAAUGGAUGUUCACUCCUUCAAGGUCUAGAUGACGGUUUCUGCGGAUGCUUAACGACGAUCAGCACAUUUGCUGUAGAAAUUCGUGGAUUGCAAGGAUGGGAACGACCCAGAUAUGUCUUAAUGAGCUGGGGAGCAGGGCAACUGUUAUUUCUGAUCAUCAUGGGACCUUCAUUAUUGUCAGGGAGCGUCAGAAAGCAACUGAUGUGCUCAUUCACCUAG